CAUAACAGUACAACAAACAUGACCCGUGGCAUCAAAACGCCGCCAUUGCUGCUUUGACACACACUCUGCUCGACUUCCUCCUGACUUGCGGUACGUUUCACAUCUUCCGUGGUCUCCCUUAGCCACUGUCCUUGCAGUCUGACGCAAACUCGCCUUUUCUGGACGACAAGAAACCCGUGUAGACGACAAAACGAUGCCUGCAACCGGUGAAAACGGCGCUCCAAAGGCGGUGGAAGAGACCAACAACGACUCUAUCGCCCCUCCCAAGGAGGUUGACGAACUGGGCAUUCCGAAGGGAGCCAAGACUUCCGAGUUUUACCGAGUCCACGAGAAGUUGCCUGCAAGAUUCGACAACCCAGACUGGUUUCAGGGAUACCGGGCCAAGGGACCUCACCCCCAGUACCGUACAUCCAACGGAGACUACGGCGGCAGGAACCCAAACGUACACACCAUGCAGACGCAGUUCCACGGAAGGUCGCAGAAGUUCUCCCAACACCUGGGGGUAUGCGGGAUGUACAGGAACCACUCGUUCAACACAUACGUCGAGAAGAGCAAAGUUAAUGGCGUGGACAAUCUCAUAACCAUGGAGGAAAAGAACAAUUUCCACAGAAGCUACAAUCCCAACGGACCUGCCAUGUUGUGAUGACGAUAUGUUUGUCGUUGUUGUUGGAGAUGUUUAUAAUUAUUAUAUCAUGUAACAACCACCUGUUCUUCCAAGUUAUGACAUUACUUGCACAAUACUGUAAAAAUGGAUUUUAAUGCAAAGGGGAGAAUGUUCACGUUGGUUUUAAGUUUGUGAUGAAGAGGUCAUCCUGAAAAACGUGAGCAUAGAUUCUAACUGAAACAUUUCCCGUUUUACAGUAUUGUAAAUGAAGUUUGCGGGGACUUAAUUUUGCGGUAGUGGAAAGAAGGACUUUUUGCGGCGGUUUUAAGUUCACGGUAGCACCAUACGCUGUAGUUUCUUAUUGCCAUGGAAAAAUGUUCGCGGUGGUUUUAAGUCCGUGGUGUAGCGGCCACCGCAAAACCGCAAACAUUAAACCACAGCAAAAGUUUCUGCAUUUACAGUAUGUCAGAUUGUCAAUGAGAUAUGUAUAUAUAAGUCACACUUUUGAAACAUUGUAAGUCACUAUAUGCAUGCAGUAAUGGUACUGUUUAUGAUGUUAUAUUUGUAUCAUUUUAUGCAAAUCAGCUGGGCAACCAAUGUUACAAACAGAUAUAUCUAAGGGACAAAACAGUGACUGUCGAUAGAAGUGUAUUUUUUCUGUAUCAAAGUAGACAAAUAAGUUUCAUAUGACUCCCCCACCCAUCAGGUGAUUAUUCGUUUCCCAAAUAGUCAUUUACCAUAGCACCAAUAGAAUAUGUCAUUAUCUGCAGUACGUGCUGUUCAAUAUAUGUCCACUAGAGGGGGUACUUGUGUAGUGUAUUCUUGAUGCACAACUCCAUUUCUAUGUUCUGUACAAUGAGAUAUGCUUUCCCCUUGUGAUUAUUGUCAGAAGAGUUACAACAUGCUGCAUAAUGUUUCAAUAUGAAAUGUGACUUUUAACUAUUCAUUAGCAACCAGCUUUUGUCAAUUUAGAUCUGACUACUGUUAUUUUGGUUAUGAAAAGUGUGAGAUGUUGUCAGUCAAAAACAUCUUAGUUACACAUGUUGGUUUGUAUAAGAUUUACUGUUGCAAUAUGUGACAUUGAUGAUAUGAAAUACACUGAAUUCUAUUCAUAAAUAUA